CCAAUUCCGGCCAAAGUCGUCUGCUAAAGACGCUUAUUCGAAAUCAAAUGAACUGUUCUAUUACAUACUUCAUGUGAAUUUAGUAUCUGAAACUUCUGUUAAACUGUGAAAAGUAGCCAAAUUUUCUGCUUCUGCCAUCGGACAAAAUCAAGGUGAUGUCCUGCUCCCUGGAUUGUUAAAACAAAAUGAGCCAAAUGAAUGGAGCAGAAGCUAAUGAGCCAAGCCAGAAGGAGGGAUAUUUGGCCCAGGUGUUCAGACAGCUUGUUCAUACUUUGGAGAGAAACAAUGUUGUCAUGGAACAGGUCAUAGAGCAGCUGGGUCAGGGAGACAGAAAAGUCCAAAAGUCAGGAAGUUGUAUAUCCACAGCCAGUUGCAGCAAGGCAGCAGUCAUCAAACGAGGGGAAAAGGUGACCGUGGAGUUAAAAGUAGCAUUUAUGAAAAUUUCUGACAUUGACACAGUUAAUCAACAGUUCGAGGCAGACAUCUUCAUACAGGCGAAGUGGGAAGAACCAUUGCUGGAUGAAACUCAUGUCACGGAGUUUGACCCUAUGGUGAUGUGGACACCUAAACUCCUCAUUAUGAACCUUGAUGGGGAAUUCUCUUUCAGUAGGAGUACAUUCAACAUCCACUACGAUGUCCAUCCAUAUCAGCACACACUGGUCCUACAGCUGUGGAGGUGUAGGGGAUUCUUCAAGGAGAAUUUGGAGCUGGAACACUUCCCUGUUGAUGUUCAGGACCUGACAAUAUCAGUGUCGACUGAACGAUCAGCAGAAGAAGUAAACUUGAUAGAGGAUCAGUAUGCCCUCAGUUCCAUCGACACCAAAACCUUUCUGGAUGCAGCAGAGUGGAAUGUGUACAAACAUGUGGAGACAUAUCGGGACAAAACAACCAUUGAGUAUGCCAGCUCCACUGUCCACCCCAUACUCCAUGUCCAGUGUCGCGUCGCCAGAAAGGUCGGCUAUUUUGUAUGGAACAUCAUCUUCAUUGUUCUGCUGAUUGCCAGUUUGACAUUUACAAAUUUUGCUAUUGAGCCUGAAGCAGCUGAUAGACUGGCAGUAACAAUCACCCUCUUCCUCACAGCAGUUGCUUUCAAGUUUGUGGUGAAGCAGAGUCUCCCAACCAUAUCUUAUCUUACCAAUCUCGAUAUUUAUGUUUUGAGCGCCCAGAUGUUCCUCACCCUUCAUGCUGCACAGAAUGCCAGCAUCAAGGCUCUGACCAGAUUCAGCACUGCUGACAAAGUGAUAGUCUACGAUACCUAUUCAAUGAUCUCCCUCUGUGUUAUCUUUGUGAUGUUUCACAUCAUCUUUGGCAUCUACCUGCACUUAACAGCAACCAAAAGAAGGCGGCACAUGAAGGAAAAAGACAGAUUCUAUAAGGAGAAGAAACAGCUCUUAGAGAAAUAUGGAGUACUCAAACCAAACAUCGAAGUGGUAACGAGGAAGUAACGAUCAUCACUUAUAAAGACAACUAGGAUUAGUGAUCCUGUGGGUUCAUUGUACCUUCAGAAAGACUACACAGAUUAAAGUAUAUGGAUGCACCUUGCAUCAACCAUUGAGUAUGUAUUAAUUUACAUGGACUAGAGUGUUGCUGAUCAGUAUUACAGUAUUUACCAGUGAUGAAGUUAAUAAUAUUCCUGCCUAUGUAUAGGUGAAAUUUGGAAACAAGACUCUUUUUUAUCCCCAUUACUUUCUAAGUGCUAGGUCAGCUGGCCAUGGGGUUAUUGCAUACAUCUCUGUAAGUGAUGAGCAAAAUACGAUUUCAACAUAUAGAAAUGUCAGAUUUAUAGAACAUAUAUUAUCUGUUUUUGUCUGUAUUUAAUAUUAUGUUAUGCUUUCAACGUCAAC